CUGGUCGGUGGCCAACACUUCCAGCUCCAGAUUGGUCACAGUCAGAUCUCUCCGUUCUCUGUGUUUGUGUACUUCUGAUAAAUCUGCGAAACUUAAGCGAUCCCUUCGGCCGGUAUAGCAGUGGCAGAAUAUGGCUGCCGGAGUGAGCCGAAAAAUAUCUGCGGCAUCAGCCAGGGCUCAUACCAGAAGACACAACAAAAGCACUUCAACUCAGCUUCCUUCAGGAAUGCUUAAGGCGGCUCUAGCAGUGUUGUUCAUUGGAUUUCUAGCAUGGGCUUUUCAGGCUAUUCAGCCUCCUCCUCCCAAACCAUGUGGCACUUCAAAUGGACCUCCUGUAACAGCACCGAGAAUCAAACUAAGAGAUGGAAGGCAUUUGGCAUACCGUGAGUAUGGUAUCCCAAAAGAUGCAGCCAAUCAUAAGAUCUAUGUCCAUGGUUUUGACUCAUGCAGGCAUGAUGCUGUUAUUGCCGAAACCUUAUCACCGAAAAUUACUGAAGAAGCAGGGGUCUAUACCGUAUCUUUUGACAGACCUGGUUAUGGAGAAAGUGAUCCUGAUCCAAAUCGAACUUUGAAGAGCAUAGCUUUAGACAUAGAAGAGUUAGCUGACCAGUUGGGAUUAGGCUCCAAAUUUUAUGUAAUUGGUUUCUCAAUGGGAGGAGAGAUUAUAUGGAGCUGCCUUAAAUAUAUACCUCACAGGCUGGCAGGUGCAGUGCUCGUUGCCCCAGUUGUCAACUACUGGUGGUCUGGUCUUCCUGCAAACUUAACUAAAGAGGCCUAUCACCAACAAAAACUACAAGACCAAUGGACGGUUCGCGUUUCUCACUACAUGCCUUGGCUAACUUACUGGUGGAACACCCAAAGAUGGUUCCCAUCAAGUAGUGUAAUUGCACAUAGUGAAGAUGUUCUUUCCCAUCAAGACAAAGAACUUAUGCCUAAGAUGCAAUAUAGAAAGGAUCAUAUGGCGCAAGUAAGGCAGCAGGGAGAAUGUGAAUCCAUACAUCGCGACUUGAAUAUUGGAUUUGGGACAUGGGAAUUUAGUCCCCUGGAUCUGGAAAACCCAUUUAAGACUAGUGAAGGUUCUGUCCAUCUAUGGCAAGGAGAUGAGGAUCUGCUGGUGCCUGUUUCUCUGCAACGAUACAUUGCACAAAACCUGCCAUGGAUUCACUAUCACGAGCUUCCAGGCGCUGGUCAUAUGUUCCCCCUUGCUGACGGGAUGAGCGACACUAUUAUUGAGGCACUGCUACAGAAGAAGUAGGCCAUAGCUUUCCUAGACGACUAUUGAUCAGCUUCUUGUAUUUUUUCUGUCUCUGUUAUGGAGAUUCUGAACUUUCUGAUCAGUUUGAUCUGUAUGAUCAAUUGACGUUCCUGUUUUGAGAGAUGAUCAAACAUCGGCUGGAAUGUUUUUCAUAGAAGUUAUUUAUGCCCUUACCCCGGGAAUCUC